ACUAUUUUCGCUCUCGAAAUUUCCAACUCCAUUUUUAAUUCGAUCCCCGUCUCCGAUUCCGAAACCCUAGCGCCCCAAUCCACACCGCAACACUCCAUGCCCCAAUGUGGAAUCGCGUUCACGAAGCGACCUAUCGAUCUCGCAGCAACCGUGAGUUCCGAUCCAUUUUUCUCGCAAUUGUAGCUUCAAUUUCCGUAAUUUGCAUGCUAUAUUUCCAUGUAAUCGAAUCAACAAAACCCAGUUCCCAAAUUGCUUCUCACGAGCUAACGCAACCCCAAACCCUAGCUUCUGCAAUUCACCUCGUGCCCAGUGUUGAAUUCACCAAUGGCACGGUUGCAAUGUGGCGAAUCCCCGAUUCGCCGAAAGCCGCCGUCUUUGUCGCCCACGGCUGCAAUUGCCGGGCAGCCAACUUUUGGGACAAGUCCCCGAGCUGCCCGGAUUGCGUCGGCCUGCCCGAAGAUCGGGCCAUCGUGCUCCGCGCGCUUAGCCGGCGGUUCGCGGUGUUGACAAUUUCGAGUGCUGGUAAAUGUUGGUCGGUCCGAAAGGACUUCCGGAAUGUUAAGUGGAUCAUCGAGCGGUGGGUCGCAAAGUAUAAGCUCGAAAAGCUUCCUCUUACGGCGCUCGGGGCGUCGUCCGGCGGUUAUUUUGUUUCCGCGCUUGCCGCCGAGGUGCGGUUUAGUAGCAUUGCGCUUAUGAUCGCGGAAGGGGUGUUCGGAUCGACGGACAUGCCGGUAGUCUAUCCGCCGACCCUUUUUGUCCACAUGCCGAAGGAUUUGCGGAGAGCGAAGUUGAUUGAGAUGAACAUGGAGUUGCUACGGAAGAAGGGGGUUCGAGUUAAAGAGAUUAGGUGUUUGGAGUCUCCUUUGACGCCGACACUUCUAUCCGAGAGGAUACCGGGGUUGAAUGAAGAAUUCUCUGUUGAGCUUUAUGAGCUGUUUCGGGAGAAAGGGUUUGUUGACGAGAAGGGGUUUAUGAGAAAGGACGGGCGUGUGACUCGGUGGAAGCAAGCGGCAGAGGAGAGAGGGCUUUUGUCGGGGAAGUAUGAGUGGGUUGAUCAUAUACAAGAGGAGUUGAAUCUUGCGUACGGGUACCAUGAGAUGACGAGCUUGCAGGCCGAUGAUAUUCUUGAGUGGUUUGAAGUUAACAUGGAUUGAGCUGGUUCUUAGAACUGUGAGAAACAUGUUAUCUUUGGUACUGUGAAAUCGCCUUUCGUGACGAAGAAUAUACACUUGCAUCCCUCGGAAAGUUGUUCAGUAGUUUGAAGAAGUGAAAUAUCAGGGACCAUACACGGAAAGACAGUUUGUAGAUGAGAACAUCCACGGAAAGGUGAAGAUUGUGCAUGCUGAUUAAAGUCGAGGAACCCUUGUUGCUAUUACAUCAUUAGAGUCAUGAUCGAAAUAGACCGACGAUGCUUCAAAAUCUGGAACAAAUUUUGUCUGUUAAGUUUAUGCAAAUAUUUUGUCGUGAUUGGUGUCCAUUGUUUUCUUAUUGAACAUAUUGCUAAUAUAGUGUCAAAUGCUUUGUGAAUGACAAGCAUUAAUAAUCCUCCGAGGUUUUAUUGGAGUUGAUAGAUAGGGGUGUUAAGAUCAUUUUAUCUGGACUAAGUAGAGUUCUUUACAAUUGGUUUCUUUUGGCUCUCAAA